CUUAGUUUUUACAGCCAUAGCGGCUUCCGAAAUUGCAGAAUUAUUCCGAUUCAAAAGAACAAUAGAAGAAACAGGAAAAAGUUUUUUCAAAAUGAAAAUGACACUGGGUUCAUGUGCAGAGAAAGAACUGUUUAAAGAGAGUAAGGUCUGGGCAAACGUUAGGAUGAAUCGUGUGUUCGACAUUUACUACAGAAGCGAUAAUCCCGAUUACACAGUUUCUAAAGUAGAAAUCACAAUGGUUCUCAACAACACAGACGUGAACGCACGUUCGGAUAACGGCGUUGGGUUUCCAGAAUUCUCUGGAUUCGUCGUAUUGCCCACUAGAUCUGGAGUUGUUAUGUACACCUUAAUUAUUUACACAUGUAGCAAUAGCAACCAGGCGUUGAGUAAUAAAUUCAAAUACAAUGCAACUUAUAGUCCUGCUUUCAUUGAUCAAUUUGGCGCUGACAGCAGCAAUGAAGACUAUUCUGAUGAUGAUGAAGAUGAUACCUAAUUUAUUUUAUUUAUCAGUUGCAAUUUCAGUUAUUUAUAUAUGUAUAAUGUCUCAAUCCAUAAUUACUUAGCGAUUCGCAAACCCUUAUGCGCGCUCCACACUAUCCCAUGUAAAUCGGACCAACAACUCACGCUUCUCGUGAUUUUAUCGCCUUCUAGUGUGGUUCUCGCGUGAGUGUGGAGCGGGUAUUAGAAAAUUCGAUGUAAUCAAUUCGACAAAUGGAAGAAAAGUUUCGAUUGGGCAAACCUUAUUUGACCGCCUGUUUCUGUCUGUAUAGUUUUCUGCAUUCAAUUACUUAACUACUUUUUUUUUAAUGUGUACACCUUUUGUUUAACAAUAGUAAAUUACAUGAUACCUAUCUACAGUAUAAACAACGAAUAACAGUUUUUUAC